AUGGAAGCCACAUUAGAGCAGUGGGAGGAGAAUGAGGAAGUGGGCAUUGACUUGCGGGGAAGGCUGCCUCGACAAAACGGCAACACGAUCACUCAUGGUGAAGAUGGUGUCUACACCUCACAGAGUUCAAGUGAAGCUGAAUCUAGCAGAGUAGAGGAGGAAGAAGGAGAUAAGGGGAGCCCCAGAAAUGGUUUUCACAUGGUCUCUGCCAAAAAUGGAGGUACUGAAUCCCCAUAUGGGAUCUCUGGAUUCAAUGGUGAAGAUGUUGAUUUUGUUAUUUCCAAGAAAAGUUCUGGGAAUGAAAUAGUUGCUAGUGAGGUAGAGAGUCUAAGCUUUGAAAAGAGUGUUGAUUCCAAGCAUCAAGAUGAGGACAAUAAUAAGUUGAGGGAUGAAGGGUUACCUGGUUCUGGUUCGUUACCUUCCGAGCAAUCCAUUGAGCAGAAUGGACUCAAUGCUUCCCUGGAAAAUGGAAAGGCUGAAAAUGGGAAAGUUAAGUUGAGAGAUAUAAGAGAGCAAGAAGUGUCUGAAUUGUACCUUGAGAGGGUAUAUGAGAAGCAGGCUGCACAUGAAUUCUACUGUCCUAAUUGCAAUUCUUGCAUCACCAAGGUUCUUAUCCGAAACAGAGAAUUGGAGAAUAGAGCUGAAAUUAUACCACUUCCGGAGCCAAUUGAUACAGUUAGAUGCACUUCGUGUUUUAGUUUCCUCAUUCCUGCAGGCAAUUGGUUCUUUCCCAAAGCAGUAGCAAAAGAAGAGAAAACUCAGACAAAUCAAGGAAUCAAUAUUGAAGACAAUGAUGGAGCUUCUGUUCCAUCACAUGAAUCUUAUGGACGGCUGCAAGAUCAAAAUAGUCAAGUUGUAGCGGUAGUUAAGGGCUCAUUGCCUAUUGAGUCUGCUGGACCAUCACGAAAUAAUCUUGACAGCAGAAUUCGAGUUGAAUUGCCUGUUUCACUACAAGACUCAAAUGGAACAAUGUACGAUAAAAGAUCUCCAACGCCUGCUCAGUCAGUUGGAAUUAGUCAAGUUGUAUCAGUAGUUAAAGCUCCAGAGCCCUAUCUAGAGAGUAGAAUUGGAGUUGAAUUGCCCGUUUCACUACAAGACUCAAAUGGAACAAUGUAUGAUAAAAGAUCUCCAAUGCCUGCUCAGUCAGUUGGAACCAGUCAAGCUGCAUCAGUAGAUAAAGCUCCAGAGCCCUAUCUCGACAGUAGAGUUGGAGUUGAAUUGCCAGUUUCACCACAGGAGUCGAAUGGUACAUUAUAUGAUCAAAAUCCUCCAAUGCCUGCUCAGUCAGUUGGAGUUAGUGAAGCUGCACUGAUUGAUAAAGCUCCAGUCCCUGGUGACUUUGUUGAAGCUAGCAUUAAUGGAGUUCAGGUUCCAGUUCCAUCAUAUGACUCAAAUGGAACAUUACACAAUCAAAAAUCUCCAUUGCCUGGUCAGUCGGUUGUUAGCAUAACUGUUACAACUCAGUCACCAGCACCUGAAAUAGAUGAUGCAGGGUCAGCAGAAUCAAAACCUCGUGAGAGCACAACAAUCAUUGUUAGAUCAGAUGGACCACCAAUAAUAUCUGAACCACAUGAUGCAAAAACCCUUGAUAUCCUCAAAAGCAUCGUGUAUGGCGGUUUAACUGAAGUACUUGCCAGCUUAAGCAUUGUGACAUCUGCAGCUAGUGCUGGUACUACCACAGUGAACAUUCUAGCUUUGGCCUUGGCAAACUUGCUGGGUGGUCUUUUCAUCAUUGGACACCACCUUUGGGAACUGAAAGUCGAUCAAUCAAGAGUUACCACCAGUGAAACAGAUGAACAUGUGGAUAGAUAUGAAGUAGUGCUGGGGAAAAGAGAGAAUUUCAUUCUUCAUGCCUCAGUUGCCAUAUUAUCGUUCCUCAUUUUCGGAUUAGUACCUCCUUUGGUUUAUUGCUUCUCAUUCCGUCAGAGCAAUGACAUGGAUCUAAAGCUUGCAGUAGUUGCCGCAUCUUCUCUCUUAUGCAUCAUACUUCUUGCAACUAGUAAAGCUUACACUCAGAGGCCACAGAAGUACAUCAAAACUUUGGUGUACUAUGUCAUCAUGGGGGUUGGGGUAGCCGGUGUUUCUUACAUAGCAGGUGACCUGAUUGAAAAACUUGUAGAGAAGCUUGGCUGGUUCAGCUCAACUGUGGCUGGCACUCUGCCUCUUCCUCAGAUGAGUUUGGUGAAGCCUGCAUGGAAAUCCUGGUGA